AAUAAAUAUAUACACUGGAUUUAUGUGUAUAUACUAAUGUAUAUUGAGUCCCGGCCGCAAAACGAAAUAAAUUGAAGAUGCUGUCAGCUAUUGUCUUAGUGUUAGUGCUUUUUCAAGCGGCUUGUGGCUUCAUCGUUACCCUGGAUGCCCACGAGACGAUGUGCUUCUACGAUCAUGCCAAUGUCAGCGACAAGGUGACCGUGUCCUUCGAGGUAAUGGAAGGUGGCUUCAAGGAUGUGGGCGUGGAGAUUGCUGGACCAGACGACGAUCGCCUGCACCACUCCAAGCAGGACACCAUGGGCAGCUUCACCUUUACGGCCAUGAAAGAGGGACGGUACCAAUUGUGCUUCGACAAUAAGAUGUCCACGAUGACGCCCAAGAUCCUAAUGUUCCAAUUUCACGUUGCCAGGGCCAUUGAGUUCUACAUGGACUCCUCGAAGCGAGUUGACGACGUCAUCGAGCAGGCGACGGUCCAAUCGAUGAUCAACCAACUCUCCGCCAAACUGGGAGCCGUGAAAAUGGAGCAGGAGUACAUGCACUUUCGCUAUCGCGGUCACUUGGAGGUCAGCGAUAUGGUGGAACUGCGAGUCCUGGCGUGGUCUAUAUUUGGACCAAUGAUGCUGAUCAUUACGGCCGUUCUGGAGGUAUACUACCUCAAGCAUUUCUUCGAAGUCAAGCGCGUGGUUUGAACUGCAAAUUGAUGAGCAUUUCAUCUGAUAAAACAGUCGCGAAGUUUGUAAGAUUUUCUUAAUAUUGUUUCAAAGGAUUACAGGAUUGCUAGAUUACAACUACCAAUAAAAGGCUAAGAAUGUUGGAAAAAUUU